UUUAUGGAAAUCAUAGAAGUCAAAGUAAAUAUGUUUUUAACUUCAUAUUGAACCAAGAAACUUUGGAGUGCUGAUUAUCAGCUUAACGCAGACAUGAAACCUAAAGUUCUUCUAGUUCUUUACUUUAUUGUGGCAUUGAGUGAUGAAAUCAGUAGUUAUCUACAUAAAACAUGUCAAUCACAUUAGGAUGAAAACAGGCCUCCAUAUAGUUGAUGUAAUAUAACGCUACUUGUCACGGAUUAGCGCCAAAUAAUAUUCUUAAUGUUCGAGUGAGAACUAGAAAAACGGUAAGUAAUUGAAUGCUGCUGUUCCAGUGGUUCAAACAAUGCCCAUAUUAGUAAAUAAUUAACUUUCCAAAAAACUAAUUCUAAAGUAGUUUUAUCAUAUUACAAAUAACGAAACUUAAUAUCAUCAAUGGAACAUUACCCUUAAAGCAUGGUCAUUUCUUGAUAAACAGUUUCAAGUAUUUUAAGAUGCAGAAAAAAUAACAAAAGUUACGCUACUUUAAUAUAAGUAAUGAUAAUUUCACAAACGUGACUGUCUAUAGCAGACUUUCAAAGAACUCACGUCUUAAAAUGUGAUAAAUAAAUUAAACAGAGUAUUUAAGUGUAGGUAAUUUACGGUAUUUCUAAUAUCAAUGUACAUUCGUUAUUAUGUGUGAUAGAUGUUAGGUAUAAUUGUUAUGUAUAUCACUAUAAUGUCCGGCAAUUUCGAACUAUACAGAAGUUAACUAGUUCUAGUGAAAAUAAUCCUAAAUGUUUUAGUACUAGUUAGCUGGAUGUAUCGGUAUCCCGGAAUUAAUGUUCACUCCCGAACUCAAACCAAGUACCCUCGUCCUGGAUUCCACUGCUAGACACCAUCAUUUCUGAUUAUAGUGUUAAAUGUUUGUUCAGAGUAACUGCAAGGCAUUUUUUUUAUAUAAAACUAAGUGAAUAAGACUUAAUAUCAAAGAAAAAAAAACUGAAAUGUGAUUUCGCUUUUAGUUAAUACCUUAAGUGUGUAGUGCACCAUGUGACAACGUUGAAGAACCCUGGACACAUUUUUCUUAAAAUUCCAACUUUCAUCUAUACACUUAAUGAAAUAUAAACUCAUUGUAUAAUACGUUCCAUAAAGUUAAUCUGAUUGUAUAAUUUUCAGUAACUGGAAUAGCUUGUAUCAAAUAACCACUCUUUUUUAAAAGCCUUUCACAUAUUUUUCCUUAAGCUUUUCUUCUUUUCCUUCUCAACAGUUCAUUGAAUUUAGAUUACAACAUUUAUAUGGUUUAAUGUUAAACAUAACUAGAAACAAAAUCGUUGAAAACUUGAACAAUUCAAACUCUAUUAUUAUUAAAAGUAACUUUAUAAUGUCAGAGUUGAAAUUUUGCUCAAAGUGUAAACAAUGCAUCAAAGAAAGUCAUUACUUAUUAGCUGAUUGUCAAUACUGGCAUGAAGAUUGUCUACGUUGUGUAUGCUGUGAUGCUAGAUUAGCUGAAUUAGAUAAAAUUUUCUACAUUAAAGCUAGGAUGUCAUUAUGUCGAAGAGAUUAUCUAAGAUUGUAUGGUAAAACGGGUGAAUGUUCCAUCUGUCAGAAACAAGUACAAUCAUAUGAAUUUGUUAUGAAGAUAAAAAAUAGUGUUUAUCAUUUAUCUUGUUUUUGUUGUCAAUAUUGUCAAAUGAGGUUCUGCAUUGGAGAUCGUUUUUAUCUACAUGAAAACAUUAUUUUAUGUGAACAUGAUUAUAUGGAAUUAUUUCCACACAUUUCUACACGUGAUAUUGAUCUGCCUCAUCCAGAAAAAAGAAAUAUUAUUUGUUAUAAAGCUACUGAUAACUCGUGUUUUUGUUCAAAUGAAAUACUUUCAAGACAAAAUUGCACUGAUGUUGGAGAUGAUGAAGAUUAUGAUGAUGAAAAUAACCAAAAAUAUCAAAUGAAUCUCAACUAUUCACAAUGUAUUGCUUCAUAUAUUCAACUAUUUACAAAGUGUAAAACACGCAUUACUGCUGAACAAAGUUCUUGUGACAAUAAAUUAAUUAGGAAUACAGAUAAUAGACUAUGUUCUUUAUUAAAUCCAUUUGAUUUAAACUUUCAUGAUUCCACAACAAUAUCAGAUGACCGUUCAAGUGGUUAUGGUUCACCCAAUUUCGCCGCUAAAUUUUCUUGGUAUUUCCAUCGACGUAUGAGUGCGGGUGAUCGCCAACUGACUGGGUUUUUCAACCCUGAGUUUUAUGGACUUCGGAUGCCUCAAGCUGAACUGAAGAAAUUGCUUGAGGCACUAAAUCAACCACAACCGUGUUCACUUUCAAGUAAUAAACCGUUACUGGCAUUAGAACUCGAUUGUUGUGUUAUUCCUAUUCGAAAUAACUUAAAACUUAUCCAAACAACCGACUUCUUUUAUCCUCUGAUUGAUGAUCCUUACACUAUGGGUCGAAUUACGUGCUGUAAUGUACUAAGUGAUUUGUAUGCAAUGGGCGUAGUUGACUGUGAUAAUUUGCUUCUAUUGUUGGGUGUUCCACGUGAAAUGACCCAAGAAGAACGAGAAAUAUCAAAUCGCUUAUUGAUGGAGGGUUUUAAGGACUGUGCAUUGGAAGCUGGAACAUAUGUUCGUGGAGGACAAACUGUAUUGAGUCCAUGGUUAAUGAUUGGUGGUGUAGCAACUUCAGUUUGCAGUGAUUCAGAGUAUAUUAUGCCGGAUCAAGCUGCAGUGGGUGACGUCUUAGUACUCACAAAACCUUUGGGCACCCAAGUAGCUGUUUCAGUUUACUACUGGAUGCUGGAGGAUAGUCCAUCUUGGUCUGGAAAUCUAGCCAAUAUCAUCACGUCAGAUAAAGUAAAGAGUCUGUUUCAUUCUGCUACUCUCUCCAUGACUCAUUUAAACCGAACAGCUGCUCGACUAAUGCAUAAACAUCACGCCCACGGGUGUACUGACGUAACAGGUUUCGGUCUUUUGGGUCAUGCAAAUAAUUUAGUCCAAGUUCAGGCAAACAAUCACUUAGCCUUCAGCAUUCAUACUUUGCCGUGUCUUGAAGGAAGCUCGUUGAUUUCCAGGGCAUUAAACGAUCGGUUAAAACUACUUCAAGGUUUUUCUCCAGAAACAUCAGGUGGUCUGUUGAUUGUUCUUCCCCGAGAAUCUGCCCAAUCUUUUUGUGAAGAGCUAACUGCUGAAAUUGGAUGUCCAUCAUGGAUAAUUGGAGAUGUAAUAGAAGCCGAUUCAAAAAGCGCUUUCCUUGUUCCACAACCAGAAGUCAUAGAUGUUCAACAUUCACAAAUCAUCCCACCAAAAUGUUCGACUAAUAGCCAGUAA